GCAUUGGAGUACUUGUACGAUGUGCUGAAAUGUUUGUGCAUUGUCCUGGAUUUUACCAAUUCUUGAAUUUAGCUCACUUUGCCAGUCCAACCCCUUAACAGAAAGGGGAAAAAAUCAAAUCUUUGGUUUGCUUUACUUUACCCAAGCGUUACUUGUAUACGAAAGAAAUAAAACCCUACACCAGAAACAUCUUUAAUCAGUUCUUGGUCGAUAGAUGCAUCUUCUUGAUUAAUCAGAAUACAUUAUUUCCUGUGGGAUCUUGCUGUCAUUGUUCUGUUACUGUAAUCAGACUCAUGAAGGUGUGGCAUCAGCACUUGACGUGAAGGAUUACUUUCAUGAUCUGCAGCCUCUUUAUCUACAACUUCAGUGACUAUAGAAAUGAAGCCAAGAACCAACGGGGUGUCAAGGUCCCAGAAGUCCAAUGGUGUUCAGAGUGAGGGUCCUAACUGGGUCAUAAUUGCAGGUAGUGCGUUAUUAAGUACAUUAUCUGUACGCUUAGGCUACAAGCUGAAGCAGGUGCUUGAUUCAAGACAGCCAAACAAGACGACCAGCAGUUUGAAAGGAAAUGAGAAGUCUUCUGAUGGAAGUAAGUUAGGGAAUGGUCAUAUGCAGUCAAGCACUUACUAUUUUUCCCAAGAUGAUGAUGGCUGCUACAAUUGCAACACGGAAGCUGGAGGAUUAGGAAUUACAAAGCAGCAGUAUAAUGGGUCUGAGCCUGAAAUGGUGCUCCCUCUCGUGGCAGUUCCUGCCAUCGGAUUCAAUAAAGAGAAUGGUGGGGUUUGGUCAACCUCUCCUGACCGUCUUGAACUACCACAGAAACCAUUUCAUCGCUCUAACAGCUCUGAGUCGCCAUGUGUCUCUGAAUCCGGUUCUGACAUAUACAGCAAGCGAGAAGUGAUACAAAAGCUGAGGCUACAGUUAAAGAGAAGGGACGAAACAAUAUUAGAGAUGCAAGAACAGAUUGUAGAGUUGCAAGCUUCUCUCAAUGCUCAGAUGUCGCAUUCCGCCCAUCAGCAGUCAUUGCUGGAUGCUGCCAACAGGGACCUGUUUGAUUCGGAGAGAGAGAUACAGAGGCUGAGGAAGGCUAUUGCAGAUCAUUGUGUUGGACAAGUAGGUUCUUGCGAUAAGCCCCCAACAGUACCUGUAUGGCCAGCUGAAGUCCGUUAUGGUCAUCAUUCUAACGGCCACCUUGAAGUUGAUAGGAAUUCAGAUACUUCAGAGAAGGGAAGAGGAGAUGGAGAAAGGUUUGAAAUGCUGAAGCGCGAAAAAGAUGAGUUGAAAGAAGUGAUCGAAGGGAAGGAUUAUCUGAUCAAGAACUACAAGGAGCAAACCGUUGAGCUUUCAAUCAAGGUCAAGGAACUGCAACAGAGACUGGAUGCUCAGCUCCCAAACAUUUUGUAGCCGCGCGUUAGAGUUGUGUAUUCUUUUGUUUGCUUCCCAUUCUCUUGAUUGAUUUUAAAGCUUCAUGAUAUGGGACUUGCUAUUUUCUCAGUUUUAUCUGAGUUUUUUCUCCCCUCUCCCUACCUCCACCUUUCUGUUUUGUGUUCAUCAUGUCGACGAACCGAUUUUCGAUAUACCUGCUCUUAGUAUUAGUAGAUUGAGUUUGAGGACUGCCCUCCUGUGUUGCUGAACAUGUAAAAAUGGUUCAUCAUGCAUCUAUAUGCAUUGAAAAUUUUUCAUCUAUAUAUUCAAGAGACUUUUGCUCAGCAGUUUGA